CCGCCCCCCGUAGCCUGGUAACGGCGGCUCUGCGGGCGGGGGCGGCCCCGGCAGCCGCGGUCAGGUGGCACCGCCGAGACGGAGCCGGCCGAGCACGAUAAAAGUCCCGGCCCGCCGCCGCCACGGCCGCGAGGGAGCGCGGAGCCGCCGCCCGGGAGCCAUGCCCAGCGUUGGCCAGUGUCCGUGAGCCAGCCCAGCCAGCAGCCCAGAGCACCGCGGCGCCGCUCCGUGACUUAGAGCAGGACUUGGUCACCAACUCGACUCAGCAGCGGGAGCUCUCGCCGUCCCGCCAGGCCAGAGCGUCCCUCCCUCGGCUGCAGAUCCCCUCGGCUCUCUUCCCAUAAUGGAAGCCUGAGCGCCAGGAUCCUCCAUGACCUCCAGAAGCCACAACUCCCUGCCGAGAACUCUGAUGGCUCCGCGAAUGCUCUCCGAAGGCGCCCUGGGGGGCAUCGCCCAGAUCACGCCCUCGCUGUACCUGAGCCGGGGCAGCGUCGCCUCCAACCGGCACCUGCUGCUGUCCCGGGGCAUCACCUGCAUCAUCAACGCCACCAUCGAGAUCCCCAACUUCAACUGGCCGCAGUUCGAGUACGUCAAAGUGCCUUUGGCCGACAUGCCCAACGCCCCCAUCUCGCUGUACUUCGACAGCGUGGCCGACAAGAUCCACAGCGUGGCGCGCAAGCACGGCGCCGCGCUGGUGCACUGCGCCGCCGGCGUCAGCAGGUCGGCCACGCUCUGCAUCGCCUUCCUCAUGAAGUACCACAAGGUCUCCCUCUUCGAGGCCUACAACUGGGUCAAGGCGCGGCGCCCCGUGAUCCGGCCCAACGUGGGCUUCUGGAGGCAGCUGAUAGACUACGAGAGGAAGCUCUUUGGGAAGACCACGGUUAAAAUGGUACAGACGCCCUAUGGCAUCAUCCCAGACGUUUACGAGAGGGAGAGGAGACCCCUGAUGCCUUACUGGGGAAUUUAACGGGACUGCGGACGGGAAGCACGACGGAAGGGACGCGCCGUUCCGAGUCGACCAGACUGGAGAUGUUCCCUUCUCCUUCUACGGCCAACUUUGGUUCUCUACCACACAGCAGAACCUCAAUUCUCACCUCACUAACCUGCAAGGCCAACGAUUCCCUUCAAAGCAUUUUUCUCUAAGGGGAUUUCCCAUCUGCAUCUCUGAUUUAGCAAAACCAGGUCUCAUCAUAAGUUUAUCCCUUCCCUAAAGCCUCCAUCUUUUUUUCCUUUAUUUUAGUCAGUUUAUUAGGAUCCUCCGAGGAAGGGCCUAAGAGGCACUGGGCAGAGUGGAUGGCCCAAGUACUCUUCCUGCCACAGUAGUAGCCUGGAUAUUUCGUUAUAGCUCGUUUGCUUCCUUGCAAAACCCUGCAGUGGCUCAGGAGCAGCACUGGCGCGGCCCUGCUGCACAGCAGCAGGUUUUCCAAGCACCAGGGAGGCAGGAAUCAGGGGCUGUGGUGCUGGUGCUGGUGUUUUCUUGAACAUCCGUAGUGACUCUCAGUAUAUAGCGUUUGAGAUCUUUAGUCAGCUCUUAAUUGUAUUCAAAGUUAAGGGGAAAAAAAAAAAGGGAAAAAACGAACAAAAAGAUUGAAUCAGUCCGUGUCGGCCACAAGUAAAAUAAAAAUUGAGCAAUUCAAAUCAAAUAAA